CAGGUUAUGUAAGCAGUUGCACGUUUGACUAGUACAGUCAUGUCUGUCUGUCUGAAUGCAAAGUGUAAGCGAAGUGGCCUAGAGACCUACAUUUAUACAACGUUCGAUUUUACAUCGUUGUGAGAAAUAGAUAUUUGUGAAACCUUGGCGCGAAAUUGAAGGUCAAAAUUUCUUUGGACCUUGAGGCGUGGUAAAUUCGUUUAUCAUUUCGGGAUAAGUGCGUAAUUGAAUAAACAAUGCAUGAAGAAACGACGGGUAUGAGCGUUCCUAGCUCUGUUGCCGUAUCUACCGUACAAAAUGAAAACGGCACGUCUACUACGGUUUCAGUGGUCAAUGCCGAGGUGGAAUUAGAAGUUGUAACAGACAAUGACAACGUAGAAUUGCAAGUGCCUUUUUCAUCAAAUUCAGGAGGAGUCAACACACUAUCUGGGAUUGAUAUGGGUGCUGGGUAUCAGAUAGCGGGUGCAGCUACUUCAAUUACCGGUGUUGGAGACAUUUCUGAUACCAAGGAUGGUAUCGAGGAACUGUGUCCUGUGUGUGGAGACAAAGUUUCGGGAUAUCACUACGGGCUGCUCACAUGUGAAUCAUGCAAAGGAUUUUUCAAAAGAACCGUUCAAAAUAAGAAAGUAUAUACGUGUGUCGCGGAAAGGAGUUGUCACAUUGACAAAACGCAAAGGAAACGAUGUCCAUUCUGCAGAUUUCAGAAAUGUCUCGAAGUUGGUAUGAAAUUGGAAGCUGUGAGGGCGGAUAGAAUGAGGGGAGGUCGAAACAAAUUUGGUCCGAUGUAUAAACGAGAUCGAGCACGGAAGUUGCAAAUAAUGCGACAACGACAGUUGGCGGCGCAAACAUUAAGAGGCGGACUCGCCAAUGAGAUGUACUCGGGUCAACCUGGUACUUCACCUUUCGCAAAUAUUCACAUCAAGCAAGAAAUUCAAAUACCUCAAGUAUCGUCUCUCACUUCCUCGCCUGAUUCGUCGCCGAGUCCCAUAGCGGUCGCUUUGGGCCAGGUAAAUACAACAAUGCUACAGCCAGCUUCGAACCAGCAGCCAGCUCUUCAGAUAGUCGGCGUACCUGGAGGUCAUUCCUCCAUGGUUAUGGGGCCUGAGAACAAACUCUGGGCUCAAGCCAACUCUACCACCACAUCACCUCAUUCCCUUAGUCCAAAAGUGUUCCAAUUCGAUUCUUUAGUGACGGGAGGUAGUGUUCCAUCCUCAAAAGUGUCGCCGCUCAUUAGAAACUUUGUGGCAGCCAUAGACGAUCGCGAAUGGCAAAAUUCGUUGUACACUCUAUUACAAAACCAGACGUACAAUCAGUGUGAAGUGGACUUAUUUGAACUCAUGUGUAAAGUUUUGGACCAAAAUCUCUUUUCACAAGUAGAUUGGGCGAGGAAUUCCAUAUUCUUUAAAGAUCUCAAGGUGGACGACCAGAUGAAAUUACUACAGCAUUCUUGGUCGGAUAUGUUAGUGUUGGAUCAUAUUCAUCAACGCAUGCACAACAACCUGCCCGAUGAGACAACCCUGCAUAAUGGACAAAAGUUAGACCUUCUGAAUUUGGGAUUGCUUGGCGUACCCAGUUUGGCCGAUCAUUUCAAUGACAUCACCGCGAAGUUACAAGAACUAAAAUUCGACAUUAGCGAUUAUAUAUGUAUAAAGUUUAUGCUCUUACUUAAUCCAGAUGUUCGAGGGAUUACGAAUAGAAAACACGUUCAAGAAGGUUAUGAACAAGUCCAGCAAGCUUUACUCGAAUAUACAGUGACAUGUUACCCACAAAUCCAAGAUAAAUUUACCAAGAUGCAACAACUUUUGCCCGAAAUUCACACCUUACAGCGCGAGGAGAAGAACACCUUUACCACAAGCACUGCUCUGGCAGCGCUCCUACACAAACUCUCCUUAUGGAAAUGCUUCACGCCAAGAGGAAAUAACGGCUGCCGUCCUCCCCAUCUUCACGUUACCAUAUCUGUGUGCAAUACCGGCUUACACUCUGUAUAUAGGUUACUGGAAAUCUCAUUAAAUAGUGGACUAGUAGAAAUAAAUUUUAUAAAGGAAAGCUCCAGUUCUUCUCCAUACGGAUAAUUCUAGCCUUAAGCUAGAUUGGAGAAAAACCAACCUUCGAAUAUUUAGCUGUUUGAUUUCGGGACAAUUCUUAUAAUUCUGUGAAUUGAAUAUAUUGUUUAAAAUAGUUUCAAAGUCUUUAAAAGCUUGGUUGAUAAACUUCUGUGGUAAUAUCGAAUAUUAUACACGAAGAACUUGGAUAAUACUACUCAGGCUGUUUAUGCUUUCCUUUAUUUAUGUACUUGAUAUUAUUUCUACUAGUUUAUAAAUAUUAUUGACAUUGAUGCCUUUUCGAAGUACAAAGAGCAAACCACAUAUUUUUCUAAUAAGGUAGACCUCAGGCCACAGCACCAAGCUCUGAACAUUUUUCGUUGUUUUUUUUUAUUUAUGUUAAUGUUGAAGUUUUGGAUUUUUUUUAUAAAAUACAUUCCACGAGGGUGUGUUCCCGAGGGAUACAAGGGCAUCCUAUAAUUUUAGGCUAGGAAGUCUUUAUAGCUUUUUUUUCGAAUGUCGAGUGAAUGUGACUGUUGAAAGUGCACAGCACUAAACAAUGUGUUAACAGUAGUACGUGUAGCUUAACCGUGGUGAUGGACUAACAGCUCUGGGCGAUGGGGGAUUCACUGUAAAAAAUGUCAGAAUUUCUUUGAAAAUUAACAAAUUUUUAUGGAAAAAGCCAUUAGCUGGAGUUAUUCUAUUACAAAUAUUAUAGUGUGAUUCUACUGUGAGGAUUGUACUAAGGAAUAUCUUCUAUACACUCUUAUCCACCAAGUAAUCAUAUCUAAAAAUACUGUAUAUUUCACAUUUGACAUUUCUGGAACUAUUGAUGAUAUUAAUACUGAACAACUGUUUACUACCACUCAACCAACUCACAUUUACACUGUCUCAUAUGCAUAGUGUUGGUUAAAUACUUGCUUUCUUAAUUCUUUUUCAUUUAUCAGAUACUGACUUCAGUAUAUAAAAUUUGUAAUUUCAUUGAUAUUUUUACCUGUUCGGUCUAAAGUUGAUUAGCUUUUUUAAAAUUUGUAGACCAAAAUAGAUUUUUAAACAAUUUGGUGCAUGUUCUUACAUUUCUGAGAUUUUCUUUGAAUCUUAAUUGGAAAUUUGUGAUAUUUCAAUUUUAUGUAGUUUUAUAUAUUUUCAAGAAACUACUCCACAAUUUCCACAUAUCAUAAUUCAAAGUACCUUGGCAAAUUUGUCAUUUACUUUGUUGAUUUUCAAAUAUUUUGAUUUUUCUUCCAGGUAAUACUAUUUUAUGAACCAUUGUCUGAGUAAAACUAACAGUUCUGUAAUAUUAUUUGUAAUUAUUAGAUGUAUUGUAAACUUUAUUAUUAGUUAUUAAGUUUAACUAUAUUAUAUAUUAUGUUAUUAUUAUAUAUAUUAUAAAUAUAUAUAUUAUGAAUGUUAAAAUGAUAAUCAAUAAAAGUAAGAGCAGGGUACUGUGGUCUAAAAUUUUUGUGUUAAUUAUCAAAAUGGUGUAAGAGUAACUCAGAACACUAAAAACAGUUAUUUCACAAAAUACUGCUGCAAGAAUAUUUAACUAAAUCGCGUUAGUUGUUAUGGAUAAGUUUCGAAAAUUCAAAUGUUAUCUGUAAUUUAUUUAGGAACAAAUAUAAUUUUUAUAUAAAUAUUGAUUGAAUUUGAACAUUAUAAUUAUUUUAGUAUUAUAGUUAUUUUAGAUUAGUUUUUGGCAGGUACAGAACACUUUGAGGAAGUUUCAGUAAUUUGUAGGCCAAACUAGACACUACAAUUUAGUCGUAUGUAGAAAAAUGCAAAAAAAUGGAAUGUUAUUAAUUGAAAUAGAAGAAGUGUUUCUUUUUGCCAUGUCCAUAAUAUUGUUGUUUUUCCAGAAAUUAUUUCCAUAUAUUCACGUUAUUGUUUUUCUUUUGUUCUUUAGUCUAUUAUUUUAUUUCCUGUUCCAAAAUUUGAUUAUUUUCUCUAAUUUUUAUUCAGUAUUUGUCGUUAAUGUCAAUUGUGUGUUUCUUUAAAUGAAUCAUGUGAUUCUGACUUAUUACACUAUCAUCAUCGGUUAUUUCUACACAUCCAUCUUUAUUGUCAAUAUCAAUAACCAUGGGAAUCAUCUUUAUACAUUGUGAUUAAUAUGAAAUAUAAUUAGAUUUCAUUUUUAGAUUAAAAGGUUAUCAUCAAUAAUAACAGUUCUAUUCUGAGUGGUCUUUCUUUCAAUAUAUGGCACAUCUCCUACAUUAUAUCUGUAAAGUUAAUCAAAUCCGUUUUCUUCAUAAAAAUGAUCAAGCUUUUAUGAAAAUUACCUCAUUAUUCAUUAAGUUACUGUUUACAUGCAGAAAUAGCCUGUUAGCUUUUUUUAUUUUUUUUUAAGUUUUUAAUAAUCUUGUUUUCAGUAUCAGUCAUAUAGUAUUUUCAAUAUAUAUUUGAAAUUGCAAUUUGUGUUAGUAAAUUUUUAUAUCCGUAUACUAGGUUAGGAGCUUACUAAGUCAAAUGGUUCUGUUUGGACACUAAAGAUUUUGUAUUUUAUGAAUUUUGUACACUGGUUGCGUUGUUUUGAUUGAAUAUCCCAAUUAUUUUAAAAUUUUGAUACAAACAUUGGCCUUUUGAAAAUAUUUUUGUUGGUCAUUUUUCAUCUUUUUCAUUUGAUGUUUACUAUCAUUGACAGUUGAAAAUACUGUGAUGAGUCCUCGGUGUUGUGAUAUCCUAUCCAAUGGCAACAAGCUUCAUAAACUUAUCAGAAAAACACAGUGAAUAACAAAAUUAAUUUUGAAAUGCACGUUAUACAUUAAUGGAAUAUAGGAAUAUGACUGUAAAAUAAUUAACAAACUUAUUAUAAUGUACUAGUGUAAAUUUCAGUUGAAUGUCAUGGGAAACUCUAAAAAAACUCAACUGUCCAACGUAUUCCCACUUUGCUUUUAAAGUAAAUUACUUGUCUGUAGUUUCAUUAGCAUUGAAUUAUAUUCUAAUUAAAAAAAGAGAUGUGAGGAGUGUAAGUCAAUAAAAAAUGAUGAAUUGAAAAUAUUAUUAAUUAAGAUAGAAGAUGUCACAAAUAAUUUAGUUUAACAUUAACUAACAGUACUUACAAUAUCCAGCAUAUAACAAAUUACAUUUAAAUCAGUCAGUUGAAGCAAAGCGAGUCAGAACAUAUCCACACUUACACAUUCCCACUGAAAUCUGGUAAAAUGGAGUGUGAAUCUAUUGGAACAGUUUAGUUUAUUAUAAUUUAUUACAAUCUUUACUAGAGAUUGAAAGUGAGUUAGUUAAAGAUUUUACAAUGGUAUUCUGAUGUUUCAUGGUGUCUUUCAAUACUAAAUAUACUUUUCAGUUUCUCCUAUUAUAUGAAAUAAGUCUACAAACUUACAGGCAAUUAGGACAAAAGUUUUGUCUACCUUUCUAUUUAUAAAAUUUGGUUAUAUUUAUUAUAAUUAAAAAAUUUUUAUACAUCGUUUUAUUCUUUCUUUUUAACUUUAUACCUAUUAGUAAGUUUUAUUAUGUGAAAUAACUGUGGUUCUUAAUUUUUUUCAAACCUAAUACUACCAAUUAUUUUAAAAUGAUAAUGCAGGUUACCUAAUUGGUUGUUUAAAGCAAACAAAUCGAGUCUUCUUUAUCAAAUUUUUGCAUAUCUAUUUGUAAUAUGUACAGAUAUUGUAACCUUAAAAUUUUUAAACCAUUAUGUUUGAAGACUUAUUCACAAUGUGCAUUAUGCAAUAAAAAGAUUAUUUAAAAUUCUAUGUUGCUUUUCUUUAAUGCUCCAAAUGUUCUUGCUUUUCUUAUUCAUUAGCACAGUUUUCUUUUGACAUUGUUUCUUUUAUUGAGAUAAGCUGACUUCUCUGACUGGAGAAAAUUACUUUAGAUUAAUUUAAAGGUUACAAUAUAUUAUAUAUAUAUAUAAACAGUAUUGGAAAUAGUUAGCCGAACAUAGGUAGAUCAUGAAGUGUCGAACCAACUUAGUUCCAAUCCAUCUGUAUAUAUUCCAAUCGAACGCCUUUAUAAAUUAUAAAAAAAACUCUGUACUCGAUUAGUUAUCAAUCAAACUGUACAAAGAUGAGAUCAGGGAGGCAUAAAUCUUUUCACAAAAAUGAGGUUGGUAAGAGACUUCACAUUAUUGAACCUGUAUUUUGUAAAAUAUUUUCUAAUACUGUAUGCUAUAUAUGCAAGAAAUUAUUUCCAGAACCAUACUUUUUAAGGUGUGAACUUUGUGAUAUAAUAAUGUAAAUAUGUAUAGAAUUGAGCUUUAUAAAAUAAAAACUUAUUUUUAAAUAAUCCUACAUGUUUAAAUGUUCAUAGAGACAUUAAAAAUUAUUUUUUUACAUCACAUUGUUGAUUGUUCCAAAGUUUAUUGGUAAAAAAUCAGAUUAGUAAGAAAAGUGAUCACAUAUUUUAUUAUAAAUUUAGGGAUGUUGUUAGGUUUAUUCAACCAUCACUUUGAAUAUAUGAGUGUUAAGUAUAUACUUUUAUCAAUAUCUUCCAAAUAAUAUUUCCAAAUAUCAAUUUUUUUUACUUACGUAAUACUGGAAUUAAUUCAAUUGAUUUUAUCCAGAUCCAUGUUAAGAGUGGAAUUUAGAAGUAGAUAUAUAUUUUGAAAACCCUGUUUUUCAGGAAUAAGUAAACAAAUAUAUCUCUGAAAUCAUAAUUCUUGAUAUGGUUGAAAGUAAUUUUGAUAUAAUUGUGAAUGAAAAUGUUUUAAGAGAAAAGAAGUUAUAUUUCUAACACUAUUUAUAUUGAAAAUUAGUUUGUCAGCUAUCCUACACACUUGACAAUUGAAUAGUCCAGAAUCUUUCCUUUCAAUUUAUUAACUUAUGAUUCUUAAUCGAGAAAAAAUUUCAUUAAAGGUGCUUAAAACUUGAAGAGGUACAUUUUAGCUCCAUCUUCAUGUACUCAAAAAUAAUGAAUACACAAAUAAGUUUGUGAUAUAUAAAAUGCACUUACAUAAAAUUUACUGAUUCUAUAAUACCAUUGCUUCCUGGUUUUAAUUAUAACACAUAUAUUAUGCCUUCUUUCUAAGAGGGCAAUUCGGAAAGUAACCUCCAAACCUCUGUUAAAAACAAACACGCACAGAGAAAAAAUAAUUUAUUCACAUAUCACAGGUACUCGUACAACUCUCCUCUACUUGUCAACUUAGUUGGCCAGCAUAAUUCAACUUGUCCUAAAGUUUAAUCAAUCUACUUCUGCAUAAAAAGCGACAGCCUGAGAUGUCAACCAAUAUGUUAUGACAUUUUUCCUCUUCAUCCUAAAUGCUCUUUCCGAAGCCAUUUCUUCAUUGCAGUAAACAAAUGAUAAUUAGAAGGAGCCAAGUCUGGUUUGUAGAAAGAAGAUUUAUACACACCCCAUUUAAAUUUACAUAAAACUUAUCAUGUUCUUAUUGCAGUGUGUGGUCCCGCGUUAACAUGUAGAUGCAGUACCUCAGAAUGCUAUCCCACAUUUGUUCUGGAUGGCUUUUGUCAGUUUUUUCUUAGAAUGUAAUUAUCAGCUUGCUCGCUGAAAAGUAUGACGGGCUUUUUUUAGUAAGGCUAAAGAACUGAUAUAACUCCAUGUAAUAGAUUAUUAUUUUGUCUCUGUAUUGACGUGCACUUCACAAGUUUUGUUACCGAACAUAAUCUGGUCAAAGGUUCUCUUCAUGACUGUGCUACUAAGAAAAAUUCUAAGAUAGUGCCAAAUACACUAGUUUUGCAAAUCAAUGUUAGCCUUUUCAGUACCCUCCGUGCAUAUAACUUUCAGUCGCCCAAUUUUUCUGUGUUGAUGUAUAAAACUGCCCGAGAAAUGUUUGAAACAUGUUCUCAAAGUUGAGACUUACUACAGGUUUUCCAUUGUGAUUUGUCAUGGAUGUUUGCACUAGACCAUCACUGAUAUAGUAUUUUGACACAAGUACAUCGUACCACUCUAUACGUCGCAAUUAGCGGCAUUUUCUAUGUCAGUGCACAUUUUGUCGCGUUACAAGUAGCAACCGCCUCAAGACACUCUAUAAUUUACUAGAAGCUUAUUGAAUUGGAUUUAAUGUGUAUUUGAUUGAUUGAAGACGAUCUAACCUUCUAACCUUACUUUUAGCACCACGCCUCAAACGCCUGUUAGUUUUCGAAUUGCCCUCCUACAUAAAGUAUUUAUAUUGACAACGAAACGAGCUUACACUAUUUUAGAAUGAACUUAUUUUGGUUAAUUCAGUCUUUUGUAAAUAGCUUAUUGUAUUGUUAUUAGGUCAUUCAGUUACAAAAUUAUUUAAAAUACACAUUAUAUGUCAAAACAAAAAUAUAUAAUAUUUUUUAGAAAGUUGUAAAAAUCAAGAUUUUUUACAAACUAUUUUUAAAUUAAAUUUCUCGCUAAUUUGAAAGUAUUUGGGUUCUACUGCUUUUUUUUUUCAUAUUACUCUUCAUGGCUUUUAUUGUGUGCAUUCCCGACAUGGUAUAAAAAUGAUUGUCAAUUUCGUUGACAUGGUCAAUAAAUUUUACCUUAUUCAGAUUAUUUGAAUUAUCUCACUAGCAAUCCUUCUUCCUUUUCAGUGAGGUAUUAGAAUAUAUCAAUAAGUAUCAAUUCAGUGGAUAAAAUUACUUUUUGGAAAGUGCGAAUUUUCCAUAUGAAUUAGUCAUAUAUGGGCAAGUAUUGAAUAAUACUAUUAUUUCUUAGAAUCUCUUUAUUUUAUAAUCUUACAGUAGUUUUAGAAUCAUUUCAGACUACCCAACUGUGUUUUAGUCGAGUUUGUCUAUUUGAUUAGAUUCUUACCAUCUGUAAUGUUAAUAUUGUAACUGAAAGACUGAUUUGUUUUAGUUGAAAACGCUCCCGAUAAAGGUUGUGAAAUAUCAGAAAAGUUAUUAAUCGUUUAGAUAGUUUCAUAUAUGCUUAGUUGGCAAGAGAUUCUUAUUGAGACAAUAACAAAUUAAUUUAAUUAACAAAAAUUGUAUUUAUUAUAAUUUUUCUUGAAAAAUGGAAAUUCAUAUGAAAUAUUAGAUAUUUCAUUAAAUUUAUAUAACAAAAGCAAAAUGAUGAAUGAGUAAAUUAAGUCAGAUCAGUAUAAUUUUAUUUUGAAGGGUGGCUUCCUAUACAGUAAGAUAUAUGUAUACAAUAGGCUUGUAGUGAUAUAAUACGAAAAUGUGAGAUAAUAAGCAGUUAAAGAGAAUUUUGAAAAAUAAAAUGUAUGGUUUACUACAUGUAUCAAAACUUUUAAUACUGUUUAAGGUUCUGGAACUGAUUUUUUUUUUAAACUUUUGAUAAAUACGGAAAUUAUAAACACAAAGUAUAUUAUAAAACUAAUAGAUUUUAUGUGUCUUGAAAAUAAUAUUGGCAAAUGUUGAGCCUUGAAUAAAAAAGCAUUUAGUUUUCCAAAUUGAUUGCCAAAAUUUGGAAGGAGGCACAGUACAAGACUAAUUAAUAUAUUAUGUAAAUUGUCUGCAUAAAAUCUUGAUGUAUGAAUUCUGAGCUAGUUACUUUAUCUCAUAAUAUUUAUGAGACGUCGAACAAGUAAUUUAAACUAUUUUUUGCCUAAUGUUAAAAAAAUGAUGAAAUUUCACAUUCCAGAGUAAUACAUUUUAUAUUCAUUUUAUUUUUACUACAUUUAAUGUUCUGAAGGACUAUAUUUACAAUGUUUUUUCGAAAAACUAUAUUUACAAGCGAUUUUGGCAUUUAUUUGAUGCUUCUUCCAAAUAUUUUGCAGAAUUAUAUAUUAUAAUUAUUUCAACGAUUUCUAGUAGAAGACUAAUAUUGUAUUCAUAUUAGUUUGAGCAAAUUUUUCAAAUUUUAUUUAUAAUAAACAAUAUUUAGUCUUGUUUAUGAAUAAUAACGGCCUGAUCUAUUUGCCUUGAAAAUAAGUUUAUUUUUUAUGUUCUGCGUGGGUCUUAUACAAAGUAUUUUCUAUGAUAAGAAAAUAACAUUUAAAAUGUGAACCUUUGUCCGCAUUUUAAAAAUGUUAUCCCCACUGAAAGAUUUGUUUGCAAAAACUUCCAUAGAGUGUCCUCGCAAGGCUUUGGUGCGAGUCCCAUUGUGCUCUGUAUUUUCUAAAUUUACCACUAAUUUAUUUUUGAGUAUUUGUAUGCCCUUGUGACACGCAUGGGGCCCAGAGCUUAUAUUAUCUUGAGAAAAAUAUAGAUAUAUUUAUAUAUUAAAUACGUACACUUAUUUAAGCUGUGUGAUUGAAAGGUUGUAAAUAUAAUUUAUGUGGAUCAAAAGUGAUUGUAGAAAUAAAUCACCGUCAUAUUA